AUGGGCGGCAACAUCAGCUGCACCCAGAAGCUCGCCGAGAACAAGUACCUGGGCGAGCUGUGCGGCAAGGCGCCGAUCGGGCAGAAUGACGAGUUUUGGAAGGGGCUGUUCAACUUCUACCUGACGCUCGACCUCGAUGAGGCGGCGACCGGGAAGGCCGUCGAGACGCUCAUCGAAGGCUACAACGAGCAAUUGAUGGAAAACACGCGCGAAUCCGAGAAUUUGGACCUGUUGCUGCACGUGUUCUUCGAGAAAUCGACGGUGCUGAUCAAUUCGAACGCGCAGGAGGAAAAACUCCUCAAUUUCCACGUCCAAAACGGGCUGAUCAUCGUCAAAAAUGUCAUCAAAUUCCUGUGCUCGCGCUUCACUGAGGAGGGCUUGCACGAAUUUUUGCAAAAAGGCGAGGAGGAGAAGCGGAUUGAUCGCCUCCACCAACUCGUCCUCCAGCUCACCGACAUCAUCAUCAAACUACCGGUCAAUGGAACGACAAUGCCCGUCCAUAUCGAGGCCCUAAAGUGCUGUCUAGCCCUGCUGAGUUCGCAGUUGUAUCGCGAGGACGUCGUCCAGGAUUCCAGCAUUUUUGGGCUUUUCCUGGUGGAGGAGUGCAAAGAUCGCGCCACGAUUCUGACAAAAGUUUUGUUGGACAACUACCUCAGCCACAACGCCGAGUAUAGGGCACCGCAUCAGGAGAAGGUUCCGGAGAGUAUCGUGCUCGGAUUGGCAGGAUCUCUCUGGAAUAUGGUGACGGUGGCGACUGGAUUAGAUGAUGCAGCCGAGGAGACGAUGGCCAUUUUCCAGAAUUCACAAGAAAUCUCCGUGCUGGCCGCCGAGCUUCGAACUUUCAAACUGGACUACAAUGCGUUGUACGAACGCCUUUGCGACUCGAUAGAGCAGGAACCCCCAAUGCUGCUCCUUUACAUUCUCCUCCACCACAACGUCGGCUUCCGGAAUUACGUACUGUCGCGGAUCAACCUCGAGAAGCUCGUGCUCCCUAUACUCCGAAUUCUACACGAUGGAUCACGAGCACAGACGACUUCCAACACCCAUCACAUGUAUUUGGCACUGAUCGCCGUGUUGAUACUGUCGGAGGACGACUUUUUCUGCAAAAUCAUCCACGAGACGAUGGUUCGAGGCGACUGGAUCGACCCGAAUCGGCCGAUUGGGGAAAUCUCGCUCGGCGGCCUGACGAUUAUUGUUUUCAUUCAAACUUUGAAGAAGAACGUGUUGAGGACAAAGGACCGCUAUCUCCACACGAAUUGCCUAGCCGCGCUGGCCAACAUGGCGUCCUGCUUCAAAAACCUGAGCCCGAUCGUGUGCCAGAAAGUUGUUGGGCUAAUUGAGACCCUAAAUAAGCGCUACGUCAAGCUGGUCGAAACCGUGAAGCAAAAUUCGAUAAACGACAGCCCAGAGAGCGAGAAGAGCGAGGAAAACUUGCAAGACGACGUCACAGUCCUCGAAGAGGGCAUCCGCACCCUGCUUGAAAUCUUAAACAGCGCCAUUAGCGUGCGGUUACGACACAAUGCCAACCUCAUCUACACCCUGCUGUAUCAUAAAGAACUUUUUGACAGCUUCCGGCAACAUCCAAUGUUCCAGGAUCUUCUGAAGAACAUCUCGCUGGUCAUCGAUCACUUUUCUACGAAAAUUGAUGGCGUUAAAGGCGGAUCCCUGAUCACGGUUAUCGAGGAGGAGGCUCUUAUCUGGCGCAUGGACAAGCUGCAAAAGUUCCCGGAGCUGAAGUUUAG